AUGUCUAAGAACUCGGAGUUUAUCAAUCUGUCAUUUUUGUUAGAUCAUGAGAAGGAAAUGAUCCUGGGAGUCCUAAAGAGAGAUGAAUAUUUGAAAAAAGUGGAGGACAAGAGAAUAAGGAAGCUGAAAAAUGAACUCUUAGAAGCAAAACGUAGAAGUGGGAAGACUCAACAAGAAACCAGCAGAGUCUGUGUCUACUGUCAGAGAAACCUGGGCUUAAUAUUCGACCGAGGAGACCCGUGCCGGGCCUGCUCACUGAGAGUGUGCAGCAAAUGCCGGGUCUCGGGCCUUGACGGCAGCUGGCAAUGCACCAUCUGUGCCAAAGUCGCGCAGCUAAGGAUUGUAACCGGUGAAUGGUUUUUUGAAGAAAAGGCAAAGCGUUUCAAGCAAGUCAAUCUUCUGGGCACUGAUAUAGUCCGACAGUCCAUCUUAAGAAGAAGCCCAGGAACUGAAGAAAUACAAAGUCAAGAGCAACCCCACCAGGAUGCAGAAAAGGCAGACACUUCACCUUCUGCCAGGCAAAAGGCCAGUCAUGAUGGACCCAGGAAAAAGGGAUUUCUUCUUAGCAAGUUCAGAUCAGCAACCAGGGGAGAAAUCAUAACUCCAAAAACUGAAAGUGGGCGGAGCUACAGCUUGGACUUAGACGGCCAAAACUUUCGGAGUUUAAAGUCCAUCCCUGGUUCAGACAGGGGAAGCACUGGUUCAUCAGACCUUUAUGACCAGGAAGCUGGCCCGGCAACUCGGAAGAGCAGCCGGAGCAGUGGAGUGACCCCUGUCACGCAGAGGUCACCGGCUCCAAGCACACGCAGCGUGACCUCAGCCAGCAGUAGAGAACAUGGUUUCGAAAAUUCCAUGGAUUUGGCUGCCCUUGAAAGCACAUCUGACGACCUCGCAAAGAGUCGUCACAGAAACACUUCUGGCACACCGUCCAUAGCAGUGUCUGAGGUCUCCCUCUCCUCAGACCAGAGUCGAUCUGAAUUAGAUUUGAGCGGAUCAUUUCCAGAAGAUUUAGAGAAUACUGUAAACAUAAGAAGCAAGUCUGUCCCUGGGGCUUUAGACAAAGACUUGGACUCCUUGGAAGAGACUGGGGAAGGCAUUAAUGACUUAGUGUCCUCACGGUUUUCGGCAAACACCCACAGUCUAGCAAGUGGCCUGUCAACUAGUUCUCCAGCAGGCUCUGACAGGAAGUGGACCUACCUGAAUGUCCCUGAUGCUGACUCAGACACUACCAGCCUUAACAGCAUGAUGAGUGUUUACAGCGAAACAGGAGACUAUGGCAACGUGAAGGUCAGUGGUGAAAUCCUUCUUCACAUCAGCUACUGCUACAAAACUGGCGGGCUCUACAUUUUUGUCAAGAAUUGCAGAAAUCUGGCCAUAGGAGAUGAAAAGAAACAGAGGACGGAUGCUUAUGUCAAGUCGUACCUUCUCCCUGACAAGUCCAGAAACAAUAAACGCAAGACCAAGAUCAGAACAGGCACCAAUCCAGAAUUCAACGAGACAUUAAAGUACACCAUCAGCCAUACCCAGCUGGAAACAAGAACUCUGCAGCUCUCAGUCUGGCAUUAUGAUCGAUUUGGACGUAACAGCUUCCUUGGGGAGGUGGAGAUUCCUUUUGACUCAUGGAAUUUUGAAAAUCCAAGUGAUGAGUGGUUUGUGCUUCAGCCCAAGGUGGAAUUUGCUGCUGACAUAGGCCUUCACUAUAAAGGAGAGCUGACAGUUGUCUUACGUUACAUUCCCCCAGAGGAGAACCUGGUGCUUCCUCUAGAACAAGUUCAAGGAAAGAAGAGCUUCAAAAGGGGAAAGAAGAAGGAGUCACCUGUAAUAUUUGGAGGAAUACUGGAAGUGUUCAUCAAAGAGGCAAAGAAUUUGACCGCAGUGAAGUCGGGAGGCACUUGCGAUAGCUUUGUGAAGGGCUACCUGCUCCCUGAUGAUAGCAAAGCCACCAAGCACAAAACUCUGGUAAUAAAAAAGAGUGUUAACCCUCAGUGGAACCAUACUUUCAUGUUCAGUGGCCUGCAUCCCCAGGACAUAAGGAAUGUUUGCCUCGAACUUACUGUCUGGGACAAGGAGGCCUUUUCCAGCAACAUCUUUCUGGGAGGAGUUCGUUUGAAUUCUGGAACUGGUAUGAGCCAUGGGAAGAACGUGGAUUGGAUGGACUCUCAGGGGGAAGAGCAACGCCUUUGGCAGAAGAUGGCCGACAAUCCCGGGACUCCCGUAGAGGGUGUACUCAUGCUCCGUUCCAGCAUGGGGAAGUGUAGACUCUGA